CUGCACCGAAAAGUAUCCAUUUACAGUGAGCUGAUUAACACGCAACAAAGACAUAACUACUGGACAAGCAAAUGCACGAGUUAUUAAUUAGUCAGUCUUAUUUACAGUGUGUGCUCCAUGUUUCCAGAAUUCUCCAUGGUUAACAUUUUGAAGGUUACUCCAGGAGCAUGUCUACAGCAUGUCAUCAUUGAAGGUGCCGUAAAACCAGCUAGAAGGCCUCUCAUUAGUUGGUACAACAAAGACAAUGUUGGCAUGCUGCACAAAUUCAUGGUGAAAGAACCCAGGCUGUUGUGGAACGGACUUUUACGUACAUGGACAGUAGUGAUGCGUCGCGAACGAAACAGCUCUUAGAGCCGGCUCUUUGAAGUUACACGGUAGUUACAGUCGCAGUAGCACAGGAACAGAGCAGGAGGGAGAGAGAGAGAAAGAG